UGAAUUGAAUUUUAAAUGUCAAACUGUAUCGUGUAGUUUCAUAACAAAAAAUUAAAAUUCAGUCAAAGUCCAUAAAUUGUGUGUCAUGUCAGGAAAGAAAGGUGUAGAAUUUUUAAAGCAAAUUGCUGAAUAUAUGGCAAAAACCAAAGGAUAUGACAGCGUUAUGAAAAAGGUGCAAAUCACAAGUGGCGGUGAUGGCAAGUGUAUGGCUGAAUUUACUGUUUCUGAAGAACAUCUCAAUCGUGGCGGGGGAUUGCAUGGAGGAUUCACCGCGACAAUUGUUGAUAAUAUAACAACAUACGCCCUUAUGUCAAAAGAUUGUCAUCCUGGUGUCUCAGUUGAUUUACAUGUGAGCUAUUUAAAAGCUGCCAAAGAAGGUGAUGAGGUUAUAAUCGACGCAAAUACUGUUAAAGCUGGGAAAACAUUAGCAUACAUUGAGUGUGAACUAAGGCACAAAAAGAAUGGUUCCAUAAUUGCCAAAGGAGCACAAACCAAAUUUGUUGGUUUUUGAAAUUUUUAAAAGUCAAAAAUGAAUAUAGUGUCACAAAUAUUAAAUUGUAGUUUAUUAAAAACUAAAUAAAUAUACAUAGGAUUUUCCCCAAAAA